UUAUUCAUGUUGACUCCUCCUGUGUUGUUCCUAUAUAAAAAGCUUCAUUUACAUGCCUAGUUCCUGGCAAGGUUAUUUCUUGUUUCCUGAACUUUUCAAAGUGCGUUUAUCACACACAUUGUUCUCUUCUGUAAAGAUUAUAAGUUUAUGCAAAUAGAGUUUAGUUAGUAAUGUUGUGGUCUAUUGCAUUGUGUGUUAUAGCAUUGGUUAUCAUAUGCUUAACUCAUUUUAUAUUAAAGUGGAGAAAUCCCAAGUGCAAUGAAGUUCUUCCUCCAGGAUCAAUGGGGCUUCCUUUCAUUGGAGAGACUAUACAGUUAAUUAUCCCCAGUCAUUCCUUGGAUGUUCCACAAUUUAUCAAGGAGAGAGUGCAGAGAUAUGGUCCAAUAUUUCGAACUAAUGUGGCUGGUCGAGACAUGGUUGUGUCUGCUGAUCCUGAAUUUAACCACUUCAUUCUUCUGCAAGAAGGAAAGUUGGUUGAAGCUUGGUAUUUGGACUUAUUUGCUAAGGUUUUCAAGCAAGGGGAGAAUAAAGCAGACAGGGCCUCCAUUCACAAGUACACUCGAAAGAUAUCUUUGAAUCACUUUGGUGUUGAGAGCCUCAAAGGAAAGCUGCUUCCUAAGAUUGAGGAAAUGGUUCAUAAAACCCUUAGCAGUUGGUCAAGCCAAGAAUGCAUAGAAGUGAAAUAUGCUACUUCAGUUAUGACUCUUGAUUUUGGUGCCAAGCAGCUCUUUAGUUACGAUAAUGAAAAAUCACCAAUGAACUUCUGUGAUAAAUUCAUUAAUUUCUCACGAGGUCUUAUGUCCUUUCCCUUGAAUAUCCCUGGAACUGCAUACUACAAAUGUUUAAAGGAGUAUAAAAAGACAUUUGAAAUUUUGGCCAAUGUGGUCCAAGAGAGACGAGCUUCACCUGAUAGGCAACAUGGUGACGUCCUUGAUCAUGUUAUUGAAGACAUGAAUGUUGAGAAAUUUUUAACAGAGGAUGUUGUUGUUCAGCUUAUGUUUGGACUUCUCUUUGUUAAUUUUGAUUCACUUUCAUCAACAUUAACAUUAGUUUUCAAGUUACUUUCAGAGAAUCCUUUGGUGUUAGAGGAACUGACAGCUGAGAAUGAAGCUAUUCUAAGAAGGCGAGAAAAAUCAGAUUCCCCAAUCACAUGGGAAGAAUAUAAGUCAAUGACUUUUACCCUUCAUGUAGUAAAUGAGACGCUUAGAUUAGGAAGUGAUGCACCAGGGUUCUUGCGAAGAGCACGGCAAGAUAUUCAAGUGAAUGGCUAUACAAUUCCAGCUGGUUGGGCGAUUAUGGUUGCCGCUUCAGCUCUACAAUUAAAUCCUGACACAUACGAGGACCCUCUUGCAUUCAAUCCAUCGCGUUGGAUGGACCUUAAAGCAAAUGUUAUAGCAAAGAAUUUCAUGCCUUUUGGUGGAGGCAUGAAGCAAUGUGCAGGUGCUGAAUAUAGCAGGGUGUUGUUGGUCAUCUUUCUCCAUGUCUUAGUCACCAAGUAUAGGUGGACAAAGAUCAAGGGAGGAAACAUUGUUCGGAAUCCUAUUUUACAAUUUAAAGACGGCAUUCACAUUAAGAUCUCAGAAAAGCAUGGUUGAAGAUUGUUGCAGCAUUUGUAAGAGAUGCAGUAGCCUCAAGAAUCAUCCUAUUUUGUGGUUUAUACAGUCAAGGUUGGUGUGUUGAACUGUUGAUGCUAAAUAUUUUAGAGGUUUUCCAAGCAUCAAAAUGGCAACUUAUCAAAAUACUAGUUCAAUAGUGUGUUUACUGGUUAGCUAAAUAACCUGUAAAACUGAAAUGUGGACCUCAAAGUAAUUUGCACCUUGUAAGAUACAAUCUGAGAAAUGUAUUAUGAUUGAGUAGUGUCUAAUAGAAGCUUUCCAUGACUAUUCCAAGUCUAAAAAUACCACUUGUAAUCUAGUUCAUAAGCAGAAGAAAGACUGAAUUUUCUAUACAGUAA